AUUUCGCGCAGUUUUAUCACAUUUUUGCCGAAACUUGAAAAAAGUACACUGUUUAAAAUUUAAUUUAAAAAUGAGUAAAGUUCCAUCAGUGAUCCACUGGUUUCGCUUGGAUCUGAGGAUUCAUGACAACUUGGCUCUUCGCAACGCAAUAAACGAAGCAGAAAAUCGCAAACAUUUACUGAGACCCAUUUAUGUCUUAGAUCCCAAUAUAAAAAGCAAAAUCGGCGUCAACAGAUUGAGAUUCCUAAUUCAAAGCCUACAAGACUUGGACACCAACCUCAGGAAACUCAACUCUCGCCUAUACAUCCUUAAAGGCAACCCUGUAGAACUUUUACCAAAAUUUUUUGACCAAUGGCAAGUCAAGUUCUUAACAACACAAGUUGACAUUGACCCUGAAAUUGUAGAUCAAGAAGAAGCUGUUGAAAAAAUAGCGGAAGAAAAAGAUGUGUUUAUUAUUAAAAGAGUCCAACACACAGUUUAUGAUGUGUACAGUGUUCUUAAAAAGAACAAUGGGGCUGUACCACUGACAUACCAAAAGUUUAUGUCCUUGGUAAAUGAUAUUCAGGUCAAAGAAGCAAAAGAUAUAUCAAAGGUUGUAUCUGAUUACUGUAAACCAACUGAUGAAGAUUUAGAUGCAUAUGAUGUUCCCAAACUUGAAGAAUUUGUUGAUGAAUCCACUCUUACACCUUGUAAAUAUCCUGGUGGAGAAACUGAAGCCAUUAAAAGACUUAAUAAUUACAUGGCAAAGAAACAGUGGGUUUGUAAAUUUGAGAAACCAAAUACAUCACCAAACAGUAUAGAACCAAGUACAACAGUAUUGAGUCCGUACUUAAGUCAUGGAUGUUUGUCACCAAAGCUGUUUUACCACAAAUUAAAAGAAGCUGAAAGUGGGAUGAAGCAUUCGGAUCCACCUGUAUCUUUGAUGGGGCAGUUGAUGUGGAGAGAGUUUUAUUAUACCGCUGGGGCUGGAACAAAAAACUUUGAUAAAAUGGUGGGCAAUCCCAUCUGUAUGCAAAUACCCUGGGUGAAGAAAGAAGAAUACAUAAAAGCUUGGGCUGAAGGAAAGACAGGCUAUCCGUUUGUGGAUGCUAUUAUGAGACAACUGAAACAAGAAGGCUGGAUUCACCAUCUUGCUCGGCACAUGGUAGCUUGCUUUUUAACCAGAGGAGACCUGUGGGUAUCUUGGGAAGAAGGAGCUAAAAUCUUUGAAGACUAUCUCCUCGAUUAUGAUUGGUCACUGAACGCUGGCAAUUGGAUGUGGUUGUCAGCAUCUGCUUUCUUUUAUAAAUACUUCAGAGUUUACAGUCCUGUGGCUUUUGGAAAGAAAACUGAUAAAGAGGGCUUGUAUAUUAGAAAAUAUGUGCCUGAAUUGAAAAAAUAUCCAACGGCGUUCAUAUAUGAGCCAUGGAAGGCACCAAAAUCUAUACAGAACACAGCAGGCUGUAUUAUAGGUGAAGGUUACCCACAUAGAAUAGUUGACCAUGAAAAAAUACACAAAGAAAACAUGCAAAAAAUGUCAUCAGCUUACAGAAUGAAUAAAGAAAAGAAGGCUAUGAAAAGAUCAAUUUCAUGA